AUGAAGCAUGUGGAGGAAGAAGAGGAACCUGAAUUAUUCCGAGGUGCUGCCCUUUAUCGAGAAUGGGGUUGUCGCUUUACCACCUUGAAACAGUUUGUAAAAGCUAUCGAGUACUUUAUCAAGUCAAUGGAAUUGAGUGAUGGAAAUGAUUUGAAAACUUUGUUGGGUCUAACGAGUGCCCUCACCUCUAUACAUAAAUAUAAAGCAGCUGCUAAAAUAGUUGACAUGUGCAUGAAAACUGACCCGAACAACUAUAAAGUGAUAUGGGCUCGAAUUGAGACCCUCUAUAAGAUCACUGAAUUCGAGGAGAGUCUGAUUUACGCUUAUCAGGGCCGUCGACUGAGGCCAUUUCCUUUUAAAUGGGGCAUUUAUCAGGCGAAUGAGACUAUCGAGGAUUGCGUUGGUAAUAAUACCUCGUCUAUCGUUCUCAAGGAAUUGUAUCCCUGGAUAAAGGAGAUGGAACAUUUUUUUAAACAACUCAACGCUCAAGGGGACCAGAUAAAAGAUGAAUUUGAAGGAAUCGACGAGAACAAAUCGAAAUUUAAAGUCAAUGAUACGACAUUGAAGAAAGAGGCAUAUUUAAGAAAGCAUCAAUCAUUUGUCGCUGAAAUUUAUCUGAGAUCAUUGGCAAAAGAUAAGCAUUUUGUCGAAGAAAUUCUACAGAGAGCGGAAAUAUGGUCUGCCAAUAAGGAGAGUAGCAGAGAAUUGGAAAAUUUGGCAAAAUUGUGUUUUACACGUCUACAUAAUCGACAGGAAAUGUUACGUGUACGUCGGCCCUUAUUAGCUGAGAGAAUAAAAACGUUAUUAGACAAUAAUUCUCAGAAGAAAUUGCCAAUAAAAAAUGAAUGUCUCGAGAAACUCUAUAAUAUUAUUGCAUUGACGUACAUUCAGUCGAGGGAUUUGUCGAAAAUAAAAGAUGAAGAAAUGAAAAAAAUUUAUUUAAAACAUCAUAUUGGAAUAAAAGUGGGAAAAUUACCGCGCGAUGAGGAUAUCGGUUGGGUACCAACUGCAAAAAAGAAAAAGGCCCUACAGGAAAUUAAAAAUAGACUCGCAAUGACAAACAAUUUUUUGGAGCUUGCUUGGAUUUUUCAUGAUUUCAGUAAAUUACUUAUGGAAAAAAAUAGCUACGAAUGGGCAAGACAUUACGCGAGAAAAUCACGUGACAAUAGUUUGGAGAUAAAUAAUGAAUUUUGGUUUAUAAAUGCCACUCAUUUAUUAUUAAGAAUUGAAAUACAUCAGAAUAAUAUAACAGAAGCAAUGGACGCAGCAUUAAUGGCAUUGUCGUGCGCAAGAAAGUUGAAAGAGGAAAAUAGAAAAACAUUUUCUUUUUUUGAUUAUCUCGUGGAUUUCUAUCAAGGAAUUAUUGAAAUCCUCAAUGAAACGGAUGUUGAGAAAAUGGCUUUUGUCGACAAUAUUGCCAUAAGGGAACAAUUGAUUGUCGAUUUAAUGCCAAUCGAACUGAAACCGAAAAUGGAUUAUAUUUUACGUCGAAUGAGAGUAAUUCCAUCGAAUCGACGAUUUUCAAUAAUGCCCGGUUGUAAACCAAUUGACAACAAGUUGAAUCUUACAUUUUCAAUGAUCAAUAAUAAGAAAAAUACAAUUUUCAAUAAUAGUAAUAGUGGUGGUGCGCCGAGGGAUCAUGAAAAAGAAAUGAGAAAAACGUUUCUUCAAUUCUACACGCCGUCAAAGAAAAUUCCUGGUCUUCUCGAUUUUGACGAUUACAUUUAGUUGCAAGGGUUUAUUCUUUAUAUCUCUUUCAAUGUUACUUUUAAGUAACAUUAAUGUUACUUAAAAGUAACAUUGCUGUUGCAUUUUUUUAAAAUAAAAUUUCUAACAUGUCACACUUACGUUACUUUUUUUUAAAUUUUCUAUAUAAAAUUUUUUA